CGCGAGGUUAGACACACACGAGGCCAGUGCUCAGGAACCUGCAGCCACGAUAGGAACAAGUGAGUGAAAGGUCACGAUGCAGCGGCUUCUCACGGCAGUACUGGCGGCGUGCGUCGUGGCUUGCGUCAGAGGGGAUGUCAGCCACACACCGCCAUCACAAAGCGCAUCCCCACCUCCUGGGAACUACCCCCAGACUGCCCCUGCACCUGGCCCCGCCCCGUCAACCAACGCUGCCACACCCGCUCACUCGUACCCUGACCCACAGCAGGGCGCGGUAUACGAGGACUACGUGUACUACUACCCAGUGCAGCAAGACAAGAAGAAGGGAGGAAUGUUUGACUUCAAGAAGGACAGCGAUCUGGUCUCUUUCAUUAUCGUGGGUGUGCUGCUGGUGGGCGGUUUGCUGGUGGUUCUCGCUUACAUGCAGCCUGAAGACGCCCGUACUCUUCAGGUUUCCUACCACGAUAUGUACCACCUGGCUUCCCAAGUGUACCAAGCCAUUAGUAAGACCUACUGAGGGCGCACUGGCGGGAUGAUGGUAGUAGUAAUAUUCCGUGGGCAUUUUUGUGUUUUAUUUAUAUGCAUGUGAACUCCUAUGCUUAGUAUGAGUCUUGUUAUUAUAUCUGGGGUUAUUUCUACGCGAAUUUCACAGAGCUAGAGUACAACUAUAGACAGAUGAGAUGAUCUGAAAUGCUCAUGGCUUGAAAUUAACCUAAACUUGCAGACAUUAAGCGUGAUUAUAAACUAAACUCUGAACACCUGUCUAGGAAAAUACCCCCCAGAUGGACGCACGAAGACAGACAAAGCACGUACGUUGACACAGACACACACAGCCCCGCGCACCAACCCGGUUAAGUUAAAAGCGAAAAUAAAACCCAGGAAAAUCAUGUAUUAGGAGCAGCGGUACCAGCGUAGAGGAGAAAGAGAGAGAGAGAGAGAGAAAAAAAAAAAAAAAACCCACCAGAAACAAGAAAUUAUAAGCUUCUCGCGUCCUGAGAGUGACCACCGCCUCGUCCUCUUGACCCUUCUAUCCCAGCGUCCCAGCCCCGUGUAAUCUUGUGACCCUGAGGUGACGGGGUACGAGGGUCACUCCGCCCCGCCCUCCUGCAGGCUGGCGAGGGUCGGGAGAAGAGAAGAGGAAGAUCAGGUGUGGUUGCUCGUGUUUGUAGCUUUAUAUAGUGUAAAAGUAAAGGAUCAGGAGAGGAGAGGAGGAUCAGGUGUUGCUUAUGUUAAGGGAGGAGGAUCAGGUGUGGUUAAUCGUGUUAGUGGUGUUAUAUGGUGUAAAAAUACUGUUUCUAUCGUUGGUUUGUAUGGAAGUGCUGUUUCCUCUCUUUUUUGUGGUUUUAUUGCCUCUACUCCUGGUGUUUGCUUGGAAUGUUACUGUAUUGAUAUUAUUUUGGUAGAAUAUUCAUGUUUCUAUCGCUGGUUCGUAUAGAAAUGUUUAUGUUCCGUUGUGGUUUUGUUUGUAUUGUUAGUGUGUGUUUCCCUUGCUGUGUUUUGGAAUGUUGGUGUACGCUGCUUAAAGGGAGGAAUUAACGUUUCUGUCACUCCCCAUGUCUGGAAGUGUCAUGCCGUCCUGUAAUAGUGAGACAAUAAAACCUU